GCGAAAGUUUGGCUUUAAAAUUUAAUUUAACGUUUUAAACUAUGAUACUUUAAAAAUAGAACAUGAUGACUGAUAAUGGACAAAAUAAUAGAAGGAAGAGAGUAAGAAAUAACCGCCAACAAAACACAAAUGCCGCUUUCUUUAUCGCCUUCUCAUUCCAAGAAGGUGGUGGCUAUCUCUUUUCCUAUAUUCCUUUCUUCACUCUUUUUGCUCAGUUGUAUACUACUUCUCUGUCAAUCCUCCAUUUUCAGAUGGCGCAGAAUGUUAUGGGUGAUGCGGCGGUGACAGUGGCGGUUCCGGCAGCGGAGAAUAUGAACGGUGGAGUUUCAGAUGAAAUACAUUAUAGGGGUGUAAGGAAGAGGCCAUGGGGGAGAUAUGCUGCUGAGAUUAGAGAUCCUUUCAAGAAAACUCGUGUGUGGCUUGGGACAUUUGAUACACCGGAGGAAGCUGCUAGAACCUAUGAUGCUGCGGCAAGGGAGUUUCACGGUACAAAGGCAAAGACCAAUUUUCUUCCUCCGACAGUUAUUAAGGACUCGUCGCCGGCACCGUUGAAUCUCAACCUCGGAGGUGGGUCUUCCGUUGGUAGUGCGGGGAGUUUCACGUAUCUGAAACAGAACAAUCUCAACCUCGGCGGUGGGUCCUCCGUUGGUAGCGCGGCGAGUUUUACGUAUCUGAAACAGAAUCAUCAGUUUCGUCAUUUUCCUGCUGCCAGAGGUUCUGCUCCGCCGUCGGCGCGUGAUUAUCAGUAUUUAGAGGCUUUAACUGGAGCUGAAGUGAGUCAUCACGACCCCAGUAGCCAAAGAGGGACGGUUGCUUUUUUAGGUGGCGGCGAUAGCGUCAGUGGGUGUGGGAUCCGAACUGAGUCAGAAUCAUCUUCGGUGCUAAACUACAACUUUAACGAUGUAAAUCAACCAACCAUCACCGCCAACUGUCUAAAUCUGGACCUCAACCUUCCACCGCCGGAUAACAUGUGAAACGACGGCAAUUUAAAAAUAAAAAAUAAAAUUAGUCGUAGUUUCUUUUUAAAUUCUCAAGUGGCAGUGAGGAACGGCUGGUGAGUUCACACGUUUAGCCUAUUGUGUGAACAUAUGAUUUAAAUAAAUAAUCUCAAAGUUUUUCCAAUUAUACAAACAAAGAAAGUCUAGAAAGAAAUUUUGACCAACUUUUCAAACAAGCGCCACCGUAGAACAAUUGUGGAAUAUAAACAAGCAUAUU